ACCGUUCAUAGUCCUUUCUGACUUUUUUUUAAAAAGAAAGAAAAAAGAAAGAAAGCCGCAGAUAAGAGAGGGAGAGGGCUCCUCCUACAGGGUGUUGUCCCUUAAAGGAGGAGCGACGGCUGUAACUCAUAAAAGAGCGCACAAGCAACGCGGUGGGAGCUGCUGCAAUCUUCCCGUUGCGCGCGGCUGCUUGUGGCGAGGCGGCAAAGGUCCCAGAAUGGCCCAGCAAUUCGUUAGCAGCAAGCUGAAAGCUGAUAAGGUGGUUGUAUUCGGGAAGUCGAGCUGUCCUUAUUGCCACGACGCUGUCAAGCUCCUGGAAGGACUUCAUCUCAAGCCUGGGCACUUGGAGUAUGUGGACCUCACCACUCGAAGCGACAUGUCUGCUAUCCAGGACUAUCUUUUGGAGAUAACGGGGGCCAGAACAGUCCCUCGUGUCUUUAUUGGAGAAAAGUGUAUAGGUGGCUUUACAGACCUGGAAGCUCUAUAUAGGAGUGGAGAACUUAAAUCCAUUUUGCAGAAGAUUGGAGCCUUGUGAAGAGCAGCAAUGGACUAGAGGACGGCACUACCUCAUGCUACAGCACUAUCUUCUGGAAAUGAAAUCGCAGCUGCCUACCUCUCGCUUUAUCCUGCAUCUACUAUGUUGCUCGUGGUGCGUUUCAAUGUAGAGUAAUGGUGAUCGAAGGCUUUGGUCUCUGUCUGGUUUUGCUGAGCAUGUGACUGUAACUUCUGGCACGUUUUAGUAUGCACCAUCUCUGCUAGUUAACAUGGGGACAGUCAGAUUCUGAUGCAGUGGAAUAAAAUGCUUGUUCUAAGAA